CGCCAUUUUUGUUGAUGGGGUUGAAUUUUUUUUCUUGUCUGUUUUUUGUGGUAUUAAAUUAAAUUGGAUCAUUUUUUUUCAUGUUUAUAUAAAUAUCUCAUCAUUAAUUAGUAAAGUACUUUUGUUUCUAAAUUUAGAAUUAUUUUCCUUCUCUCUAUCUCUUAUCAUUGUUUCUUCCAGUCUUUUUUUUUCUGUUUCUUUCUCUCUGUUUUUAAAUAAGAAGAACCAUGUCAUCCACACCUGUGGAAGAUGCUUUUCAAAAAGCUGUUGAAAGAGCUAAAGCGGUUGCCACUAAACUCUCAGGUAAUAUUUCCGGUAAAAGAUCGGCUGAAGAUGAUGGUGGUGCUACCGAUGCUAAAAGACCUCAAUUAAGUGACCCUUUUGGUGCUCAAUUGGCUGCUAACAAGUUGCAGGGUCAACAACAACAGGGACAAGGGCAACAACAGUCCCAACAUUCACCACAGCAACAAUAUCAACAUCAACCUCCGGUAUCACAUUCAAUGUCUAAUUCACAAUCUUCUUUACACUCACCUCAACAACAAUUUGGACAAAAUAUGGGAGGUGGUAAUGAUGGCGGUGGUGGAGGAGGUGGUAUUAGUAAAGGUGGCUUGGGUUUAGGGGGACAGCAAUUAGACUCAAGACCUCCACCUCUUACUAAUGAAUAUGGUACCUCUAGACAUAUUCACAGAGAAGUUCCUGUUCCUCCUCAAUUCAUAGGUUUAGUUAUUGGUAAACGCGGUGAAAGUAUAAAAUCUAUUCAAUCAACUACCAAUACUAAAGUUCAAUUUGAUUCAAAUCGGGUAGAUGAUAAUGGUUGUAAGAUCUGUAAAAUCUCUGGAGAUUUAGAGAAUGUAAAUCGAGCUGAAAAAAUGAUUCAAGAAAUUAUUGAAAAUUCUCGUAACAUUCAGGCGCAACAACAGCAACAGCAUUCCGAGGGCCAUGUGCGUGAACAUCAUGGUUAUGAUCGCGAUAUGAAUCGUGAUAAUAGAGACCGGGAUCGUGGUGGAGAAAGAGGAGGUCGAGGUGGUGGAAGAGUGGGUGGGGGUGAUAGGAGGCGAUUUGAAGGAGAAGAGGUCGUCAUGAAUGUACCAGUUAAUCGGGUUGGAGUUAUCAUUGGUAGAGGUGGUGAAACCAUUAGGUCAAUUAAACAACAAUCAGGUUGUCAUAUUGAAACAGAUAAAAAUUCCAAAGGAGUUAUUAUUAUAAGAGGUCCACCUGAUCGUAUUGGUAUUGCCCAACAAUUAAUUAAUGAAAAAAUAAAAGAUACUCGUCACAAUGAUGGAGGUCCUGGUGGAGGAGGAGGUAGAGGAGGCUAUGGAAGGCAAAGUGGUGAUGAUACUAGAAACAACCAAUAUCAACACUAUAACCAAUCUCAAAUGUACAGUAACAGGCACUAUAACCCUACUCAUCAACAAACACCUCAGCAUCAUCCACAACAACCAAGCCAACCCGCUCAACAGCAACAAUAUUGGCCCAAUUACUAUUACCAAGAUCCAUCUCAAAAUUCCACCGAUUCUUCAAGCCAACAUCCAAACUCUGCGGCGUGGGCUGCUUACUAUGCGCAAACUCAAGCUCAGCAAAUGGCCUCAACAGUACCAACAACCGCUGGCACCCAAAAUGGUAGUGAACAACCUCAACCAGAUUAUACUGCUCAGUGGAUUCAGUAUUAUCGUAUGUAUGGUAUGGUAAAGGAAGCCGAGAUGAUUGAGCAAAUGGCUGAGCAAAUGAAACAAUCUGCCCAACAAGGCCAACCACCACAAUCGCAGCCACCAACAUCAGCGGGACAACCAAAGCAACCGCCAGCACCUCAGCAACAAUGGAGUGCACCCCAAGAACAGAGUAGUGAAUCUUAUAAAUAUAAGCAGUGACUUUUUUU